GCAGCUUCUUGCUCUCGCCGCCCGCCCUCCCGCUCCCUUGCUUGCUCGCGCUUUCGCUCGUGCUCUCCUCGCGGACUGGGGGCACUCUGGCCACUGCUUGUGGCUGGGAAGGAAGACAGAGGCCGCGGCUCAGGAGAAGCGAAGCUGCAGUAGUGGUGAUAGAAGGAUGUCGGGCGAAGAUGAGCAGCAGGAGCAAACUAUCGCCGAGGACCUGGUCGUGACCAAGUAUAAGAUGGGGGGCGACAUCGCCAACCGGGUACUUCGAUCUUUGGUGGAAGCAUCAAGCUCAGGUGUGUCCGUACUGAGCCUGUGUGAGAAAGGUGAUGCCAUGAUAAUGGAAGAGACAGGGAAAAUCUUCAAGAAGGAAAAGGAAAUGAAGAAAGGUAUUGCCUUUCCUACCAGCAUAUCGGUAAAUAACUGUGUAUGUCACUUCUCCCCUUUGAAGAGUGACCAGGACUAUAUUCUCAAGGAAGGUGACUUGGUAAAAAUUGACCUCGGGGUCCAUGUGGAUGGCUUCAUUGCCAAUGUGGCUCACACAUUUGUGAUUGGUGUAGCUCAGGGGACCCAAGUGACAGGGCGGAAAGCAGAUGUCAUUAAGGCAGCUCACCUUUGUGCUGAAGCUGCCUUACGCCUAGUCAAACCCGGAAAUCAGAACACACAAGUGACAGAAGCCUGGAACAAGGUUGCGCAUUCAUUUAAUUGCACGCCAAUAGAAGGUAUGCUGUCACACCAGUUGAAGCAGCACGUCAUCGAUGGGGAGAAAACCAUUAUACAGAAUCCCACAGACCAGCAGAAAAAGGACCAUGAAAAAGCUGAAUUUGAAGUACAUGAAGUUUAUGCGGUAGAUGUCCUUGUCAGUUCAGGAGAAGGCAAGGCCAAGGAUGCAGGACAGAGAACCACCAUUUACAAACGAGACCCCUCUAAACAAUAUGGCCUGAAAAUGAAAACUUCACGUGCCUUUUUCAGUGAGGUGGAAAGGCGUUUUGAUGCUAUGCCCUUUACUUUAAGAGCGUUUGAAGAUGAGAAGAAGGCUCGGAUGGGUGUGGUAGAGUGUGCCAAACAUGAGUUGCUACAACCAUUUAAUGUUCUCUAUGAGAAGGAGGGUGAAUUUGUUGCCCAGUUUAAAUUUACAGUUCUACUCAUGCCCAAUGGCCCCAUGCGGAUAACCAGUGGUCCCUUUGAGCCUGACCUCUACAAGUCUGAGCUGGAGGUCCAGGAUGCAGAGCUAAAGGCUCUUCUUCAGAGUUCUGCAAGUCGAAAAACCCAGAAAAAGAAGAAAAAGAAGGCCUCCAAGACUGCAGAGAAUGCUACCAGUGGGGAAACACUAGAAGAGAAUGAAGCUGGGGACUGAGAAAAACCAAGAACCAGAGGAGUAGACUGAAGAAACAACUGGCUUUCUGAAGCUGUGGACUUGGAUUGGAUAACUUGCUGGGGGUUUGUAGAGAAAGGUUAUAAAUUUCAAUACCUCUGGCAUGCUGUCCCAAGGAACCAAGGCUCCCACUAAUUUAUGAGGUUUUUAAUGACAUGGCAUUAAAAUAAACUUGGUUUUGCUCAUAA